UCUCUGUUUGGAAAAGACAUGGAGAAGAACAUUGUUGCUCUCAUCACACACUCAGAUGGUCUGACACCUGAAAAUGUUCUGAAAGCUCUCGGAGAUGCAAAAAUGAAAUGUGCCAGAAAUGAAAAGAAUCAGCCUGUUUACUUCCUGUUUAAUAACUGUCUGGAUGAAGACAGAACAGAGGACACAGAAGAACUUCAUCAUGCAGAUAAAAUAACAACAAGAGGAAUGAGACAGUUCACAGAGUUUCUGGAAAAAACUGCACCUCAGAAUCUGAUGAAAACUAUUGAAGUGUUGGAUUCACGAAUCAGACUGACAGCCUGCAUCCAAAACCUGAAAGAGAGAUUUGAGUUCACUGAACUAAAACAGAGAGAAAACCAACAGACUCAGGAAGCUCUGAAGAAACAUGAAGAAGAGAAGAAGAGAAAUGAGAAGUUCACUGUAGAAGUUGAUGAGGUCUACAAAGAAAAAGAAGAUAUCAGCGGUGGGAUGUGGGGGUUGGUGUUUUAUGAAGGAGCUGUCUGCUGUACAGUCUGUGAGGAGAACUGUCACUAUCCUGGAUGCACACUGGCCUGGUAUCCUGAACACUGUCAGGUCAUGAAAGGUGGCCGCUGCACUUCAUGUACCAGGAAGUGUCCUGUAUCAGAUCAUGUGAAAGAAAAGUGGAUCUAUGUGACAAAGACAAGGAAAGUUCAGAAGACCCUGAAAGAUGUGAAAGAGAAGUAUGAAAGAGGUAAAGCAGGAUGUGAGGAGACAACAAGCCUUUUGGAAACUUUAGAAAAGAAGAUGGAAGAACUUCAGAAAGAAAAAGAUCAGAUGUUGGAAAAGUCCUUCAAACAUGUUGUCAGACUGGAUCAGAUCGCCCUGAAUGCUGAUUCACUGUCCACUCAUGUCCACUUGGACUUCCUGAUUGAGAAGAUGAAGGAGAAAGGAGACGCAGAGAAGGUCCAGAAACUGGAGGAGAUGAAGUGUCGAGAAGGUAAAGGAACCAGAGCAGGACUGCGGUACAUGUCUGCUAAACUAACAGCAGCUGGUAAAGCAGUUAAAGCAGCAGUGAUGUAGCAGGUGAACACCAUCAGUGUGAGCAGCAGCUGUGUAGAAAACAAGCUCUACACUGUUGAUCCAGAUGUUUAAACAUCACAAAGCGAGGAGUGAGGACGCCCCCUGGUGUCUCAUGCUGAGUACAACAGCUCCCUCCCUCCCCCACAUCACAAACUAAACACAGUCAAAUCCUGUUGGACUAAAUCCAUUUAUUUUUUCUCUUCUAAUCAUGUUUUCUCCACUAUGAUUGUGUUUGUGCUUGUAUGAAUAGACGUGUCUUAUAUAUCCACCAUGAUGUCACAAUGUUGAAGCUGUUGGGAAACUAAAGUGAACUCAUUAUAAAGGAGUUUAGCCUGGAGGGGGGUUGAAACCUCUUCCUGUGUUCUGAGAGUGUUAAUAAUAUAUCUUAAUAUCUUUCUCAAUAAUAAAGAAGAUUACAGUUAAUGUGUGUUGUAUCAAAGUCCUAUAAGAGCUGAGGACAGACUGCCUCUCCUCAGUCACACCUGUGUAAUGCUGAUGAUGCUCUGACCUGCAAACAAUAAAGAUCUGCUGACAUUAUGAA